AUGGAGUCUGAUCAUGAUCAUCAUCAACCAAUAUCAGAAAAACCCCUCGAUGGUGAUGAUCAAGGUGCAAGUCAUGUACCAUCAUCCAGGUCCUACGAGUGCAACUUUUGCAAGAGGGGUUUCUCUAAUGCACAAGCACUUGGGGGUCAUAUGAACAUCCAUAGGAAAGACAAAGCAAAACUCAAGCAACAAUCUUCAAACCAAACUCAACCAUCUUUGGAGUCUAAGUCUGGUGAAGAACGCAGCAAACAAAGCUGGAAUUGGAAUGUGUCUCAACAAGACUAUGCCUCCUCCAUAGAUGAAACUCACAUGAGGCAGCUUCCACUCUUUGCUGAAUCACCAAAUAGCAGUGAAACGCAAAAGCCACAAGGUCAAAUUCAUGGGGAUAUUGCUACAGAACGUUCCUCAUCUGAGUUAGACCUUGAACUGAGAUUAGGGUCUGAGCCACGGGAUUUAUCUCCGGCUACCGGUACCAGAAAAUUCUAUUGA